AAACCGCGGAAACCUAGGCUGUGCUGCACUUCUGUUGAUUUCCCUAUUCUUUCUCUUCCUCUCUGGAGAAGGGGCUGGGAGGGGCGGGAAGAAAAACGAAACAAACAAAAAAAAACACGCUGCGGGACCCGGAAGCGGAAAGGGCAUCUUUGAGGUCGGUACUUCCGGGUCACUGAGAGUGCGGGAUUCCCGGGCCGAGAGCGGGUGGCGGAGCCGGGACCUCGCGUGAUUCUCGGAACCCGGGGAGAAGCGGCGUCAGCGGCUAUGGCUGUGACUCUGGACAAAGAUGCCUAUUACCGGCGAGUGAAGAGACUGUACAGCAACUGGCGGAAAGGAGAAGAUGAAUAUGCCAAUGUUGAUGCUAUUGUUGUAUCAGUGGGAGUUGAUGAAGAAAUUGUUUAUGCCAAAUCAACUGCCUUACAGACAUGGCUCUUUGGUUACGAGCUGACUGAUACUAUCAUGGUCUUCUGUGAUGACAAAAUCAUCUUUAUGGCUAGCAAGAAAAAAGUGGAGUUCUUGAAGCAGAUUGCAAACACCAAGGGCAAUGAGAAUGCUAAUGGAGCCCCUGCCAUCACACUGCUGAUCCGGGAAAAGAAUGAAAGUAACAAGAGCAGCUUUGACAAGAUGAUUGAAGCCAUUAAAGAAAGCAAGAGCGGCAAGAAGAUUGGAGUGUUCAGCAAAGACAAAUUCCCAGGAGAGUUCAUGAAGAGCUGGAAUGACUGCCUCAACAAAGAGGGCUUUGACAAAAUAGAUAUCAGUGCAGUUGUAGCCUACACCAUUGCUGUCAAGGAGGAUGGGGAACUCAACCUAAUGAAGAAAGCUGCCAGCAUCACCUCUGAAGUCUUCAACAAAUUCUUCAAAGAAAGAGUCAUGGAAAUAGUCGAUGCCGAUGAGAAAGUGCGGCACAGCAAAUUGGCAGAGUCUGUGGAAAAGGCCAUUGAAGAAAAAAAGUACCUAGCUGGGGCAGACCCUUCUACUGUGGAGAUGUGCUACCCUCCUAUCAUUCAGAGUGGUGGCAAUUACAAUCUAAAGUUCAGUGUGGUGAGUGACAAGAACCACAUGCAUUUUGGGGCCAUCACUUGUGCCAUGGGCAUUCGUUUCAAAUCUUACUGCUCCAACCUAGUUCGAACUUUGAUGGUUGACCCAUCUCAAGAAGUUCAAGAAAAUUACAACUUUUUGCUUCAGCUUCAAGAGGAACUGCUAAAGGAACUAAGACAUGGUGUAAAGAUAUGUGAUGUUUAUAAUGCUGUCAUGGAUGUGGUUAAAAAGCAGAAGCCAGAGUUGUUGAACAAAAUAACCAAAAACCUGGGGUUUGGCAUGGGAAUUGAGUUCCGUGAAGGCUCCUUAGUAAUUAAUAGUAAAAAUCAGUAUAAACUGAAGAAAGGAAUGAUUUUCAGCAUCAACUUGGGAUUCUCAGACCUGACUAAUAAAGAAGGGAAGAAACCAGAAGAGAAAACCUACGCCUUGUUUAUUGGGGAUACAGUGCUUGUGGAUGAGGAUGGCCCAGCCACUGUUCUUACUUCUGUGAAGAAGAAGGUGAAAAACAUGGGGAUUUUUCUAAAGAACGAGGAUGAGGAAGAAGAGGAGGAGGAGAAAGAUGAGGCCGAAGACCUGUUGGGAAGAGGUUCUCGGGCAGCACUGCUCACAGAGAGAACCCGAAAUGAGAUGACUGCAGAAGAGAAGCGAAGAGCACAUCAGAAAGAACUGGCAGCUCAACUCAAUGAGGAAGCAAAGAGACGAUUGACUGAACAGAAAGGAGAGCAGCAGAUUCAGAAAGCUCGAAAAUCUAAUGUAUCCUAUAAAAAUCCCUCUUUGAUGCCUAAGGAACCUCAUAUUCGGGAAAUGAAGAUAUAUAUUGACAAGAAGUAUGAGACAGUAAUAAUGCCUGUGUUUGGCAUUGCCACACCUUUUCACAUUGCCACAAUCAAGAAUAUAAGUAUGUCUGUGGAAGGAGAUUACACUUACUUGCGAAUCAACUUCUAUUGCCCAGGCAGUGCUCUGGGCAGGAAUGAGGGCAACAUCUUUCCUAAUCCAGAAGCCACGUUUGUGAAGGAAAUUACAUACCGAGCUUCAAAUAUGAAGGCACCAGGAGAACAGACAGUACCAGCCUUGAACCUUCAGAAUGCUUUCCGGAUUAUAAAAGAAGUACAGAAACGCUAUAAGACUCGGGAAGCAGAAGAGAAAGAGAAGGAGGGCAUCGUGAAACAAGACUCACUGGUGAUCAAUCUGAACCGGAGUAAUCCAAAACUGAAAGAUCUGUACAUUCGACCAAACAUUGCCCAGAAGAGGAUGCAAGGGUCGCUGGAAGCCCAUGUCAAUGGUUUCCGCUUUACAUCUGUUCGAGGAGACAAAGUGGACAUUUUAUACAAUAACAUCAAGCAUGCUUUGUUCCAGCCCUGUGAUGGAGAAAUGAUUAUUGUUCUGCACUUUCAUCUCAAGAACGCCAUCAUGUUUGGAAAGAAGCGGCACACAGAUGUGCAGUUUUACACAGAAGUGGGAGAGAUCACCACAGACUUGGGGAAGCAUCAGCAUAUGCAUGACCGAGAUGACCUCUAUGCCGAACAGAUGGAACGAGAAAUGAGGCACAAACUAAAGACAGCCUUUAAAAACUUCAUUGAAAAAGUAGAAGCUCUAACUAAGGAGGAGCUGGAAUUUGAAGUGCCUUUUAGGGACUUGGGGUUUAACGGAGCUCCCUAUAGGAGUACCUGUCUCCUUCAGCCCACUAGCAGUGCGCUGGUAAAUGCUACAGAAUGGCCACCUUUUGUGGUGACCUUGGAUGAAGUGGAGCUGAUUCAUUUUGAGCGGGUCCAGUUUCACCUAAAGAAUUUUGAUAUGGUAAUUGUCUACAAAGACUACAGCAAGAAAGUGACAAUGAUUAAUGCCAUUCCUGUGGCUUCUCUUGACCCCAUCAAGGAGUGGUUGAAUUCUUGUGACUUAAAGUACACAGAAGGAGUACAGUCCCUCAACUGGACUAAAAUCAUGAAAACUAUUGUUGAUGACCCUGAAGGCUUCUUUGAACAAGGUGGCUGGUCUUUCCUGGAGCCUGAGGGUGAGGGAAGUGAUGCUGAAGAAGGAGAUUCAGAGUCCGAAAUUGAAGAUGAGACUUUCAAUCCUUCAGAGGAUGACUAUGAGGAAGAGGAAGAGGACAGUGAUGAAGAUUACUCCUCAGAAGCUGAGGAGUCAGACUAUUCCAAAGAAUCUUUGGGUAGUGAAGAAGAAAGUGGAAAGGAUUGGGAUGAACUGGAGGAAGAAGCCCGGAAAGCUGACCGUGAAAGUCGUUAUGAGGAAGAAGAAGAACAGAGUCGAAGUAUGAGCCGGAAGAGGAAGGCAUCCGUGCACAGUUCAGGCCGUGGCUCCAACCGUGGUUCCAGACAUAGCUCUGCACCCCCCAAGAAAAAGAGGAAGUGAUUUCUGAACUUUGGCCCUCAGCUCCAUUCUUCUUCCAGCCAAUCCCUGAAGAUUUUACAUGACAUAGAAACUGUAUUUUUCCUUUUUUUUUUUUUUUUUCUUCUUUUGAAAUUUGGCCAUUUGUGUUUAUGGGUUUAGGGGCCAUUUGUGUGGACCAAUCUACUCGGGGAAUUCCAGGCCCACCAGGACACGUGCCAACAGCCCCAUCCAGAUGGCGAGAAAGGAGGUGUUCUUGAAGAAGGGCAGUGGCUUCCACUGUUAAUAAAUGAUUCAUUCCUCUCCUGUCACCUUCUACCAGGACAUCGAUGGCUUCUGGCAUCUUAUUUGAUGUCUCAAAACUCAUUUCCAAGAUGCUGGUACAAGGUGACCCUUAAUCACCUGUACCAUGGUUCUUGACCAGCAGGUUCAAUCCUCUAUCUACCCAACUGCCGUGACCUUCCUCACAUCUCUGUAACGUUCCAUCUUCAUAGUACUCAAAAGAUUCUUCAAAUUUACUAGUGAUUGUGAUAAGCCAUACAAACUUGAGUUAAUGAGGCAGUUCCGACUGGUACCUCCAACCGAGUUUGCAGACUGAGGUUAUUUCUGCUGCCUUGGAAGACGUAAGCAGUGACACUCCUUGACUGGGUCUCCUCCGCCUCAGCAAAUCACAUAUGAUACAGUGUAGGAUCGAAAUCACCACAGUUACUUUUCCAGUAUGUCUGGGGAAGAAUGCUUGUGCCUCAUACUGCUUCUCAUGAAAUCUAGAAACAGGUGCAGAGGAGUCAACACUUAGAUCUGGAGGGGCAAGUCAUGCCUUGGGCCUAGAUGACCCUGACUUGUUCGGAGAAGGGAAGAGGAAGGCCACAGCCUCUUCUCACUGCUGCUCCUUAUUUUUACUUGUCUUGCAUUGCCCUGUAUUUAUCACAAUUUCUGUUGAACAGCUUUCUGAAUAUUUGGGGAGUUCUAUCUUGCCAUCGUCCCCCUCCUGGAUCUCUGCACCCAUCUAUCCCAAUCCCACUGCAGUUCCUUUUGUGUUCUGUGACCUUAAGAGAAGAGGGGGGAGGGGCCUCGGAUUUAUUUGUUUGUUUGUUUUUCUCUUUAGCAGUAGAACUUGAUAUUUUCAAUUUUGGAAGAACUAAAAGAUAAAUAAACUGUGGUGUUUUUU